AUGUAUUUAUAUAAUCGUCUAGAAACAAUAUUAAAGGAAACUAAAUUGCAGAUGGCAAUUUUGGAUCUCAAGAAUGUUGUCAAUAAACCCGAAGAAGAGACAAAUCACUCUGAAGAUACAUUUGAGCCCACUCAAAAACAAAAUCGUCAAGCAAGAUAUGGAAGAAAUAUCUCGGACUAUUCUGAACAAGAUUCUGAUAAGCCUGAAAAAAAAAUACGCAUAACACAGCUUGAAUUACAACCACAUUAUGCAGGCAAGGAUAGAGAUGAUAGACCAGAGAUUGAUAACAUAUAUUUGAGUACUGCUAACGAAUCAGUAGUUAAAUUGUUGAGAUGGCAACAAAGCAACCUUGAACAAAUAUGCCAUGGAGUUCAUAUUCCAAAAGAACAAAAUAUCUAUCAUCUGUUAUCUGUUUCAUCAAUAUUUUAUUUCCAACAACGAAAUGAGCAAUCCUAUCUGGAUUUUUUGACAGAAAAUGAAAUUUCUAAAAUUCGGUCAGAUAUGGGCUGU